AUAGGUUUAACAAUGGAGAUAGCUAUUAGUGAUCCUGUUGCACUUAAAGUUUUGGAUAGUUGUGUUGGAGUCGAUAACAGACGUUAUUACAAAAUACAAUGGCAGGCAACAUGGGAAUCUGAAGAAGACGUUGCUGGCAAAUAUCAACAUCUUAUUAAUAAUUACUGGAAAAGUUGUGAAGGCGAGACAAAUGAUAUUGAAGCAGGAAGAACGUUCAUAAACACGCUGCUACAGAAGUUGAAUGAACCUGAUAUUGUAACUGUAGAGAAGCUAGUGGAAGGAACCACCACGGCUGAAACUGCAAACACAGAAUAUAAUAUAACCGACUUUUACAAACAAGUGAACUCUCCCGAGCAUAAAAUAAGCAACGAACCACCGCCACCACAAAAUACAACAAAGCCGCCGCCGUUGUUUCCAUGGCAUCGUGAUAACGGAGAAGUACGCCCGUUUAAAUGUGAAGAAUGUGUUCGGUCGUACACGACGGAGAAAAAACUUAAAGACCACAAACGCAAACUUCACGCCAACAUCGGCGCGUAUCAGUGUACCAUUUGCACGAAAGUGUUUCCCACCAAAAGAAACUUGCAGAAUCAUUUGAACAGACACACAGGUGUUGGUCCUCAUGCUUGCCCCGGUUGUGGUAAGAGAUUUAUGACUCCACAAGAACUGGAACAUCAUAAAAGACAAUGCAACAGUUUAGUGGAAAAGGAAUAUCAAUGCGAAACCUGCAGCAAAAGAUUCUCUACGAAAACCCAUCUCGCGUUUCACAGAAAAAUUCACGUGCCAGACGAGGAAAAACCUUUUAAAUGUUCUUACUGUCCACGCACAUUUGCUUACAACCACGACUGCGUGCAUCACAUGCGGUUGCACGUUGGCGAAAAACCGUUUAAAUGCUCACAGUGUGACGCAGCGUUUCAUCGCAAGUCAUACCUAACUGAACACAUGUUUGUUCACACUGGUGUGUCGAAAUAUAGAUGUCAAGAAUGCAUGCAAUACUUUAAAACCCAACAGAUGCUGCAAACGCACGUAAAAAACGUUCAUAUAUUGAAAAAGAAACCUUUAACGAAGGAGGAAAAACUGAUGAAAGUGAAGAAGAAGAAAAAGAGUGUUCAACACAAGUGCGAGGAGUGUGGCAAGGAGUUUCGCUUCAUGAAAGAAUAUCAUUAUCACCAAAUCGUCAAUCACAAAGAAGCAGUUCAGAAGAAAACCGAAAGCGUCGAACUUACAGAAUUUGAGCCAACUAUGGUUUAUAAAUGCAAAAAAUGCGAGAAGACCUUUAUGUGGCCUUCAACCUUAAAAAAACACGCACAAACACAUAAGUUUGAUGAUUUACUUGAUAAAUACAUCGAAGUUGUUGUAGAUGAACCAGCCUCGUCUAGUAAACGAAAAAAAACAAAGAAGGGAACAAAGCAGGUAAAAUCCGAUAAAACAGAAGUCGAUGAAAACAAGGAAAACCAGGAAAGUUCGAAUAAACAAAACGCCGUUGCUUCUAGUGGCGACUUUUGUGAUGUUGUUAACGAAGAUAAAUCUAUAGACGAGGCGACGCGUCAGUCGAAUGAAGCCGUGUCGGAUAAUGAAGCCAUAUCGGAUAACGAGGCCGUGUCGGAGAAUGAAGCUGUGUCGGAGAAUUGUAUAUAUACUUGUGGAUAUUGCCUGUCUGUGUUUCAAACUGAAGAAGAAUUAAAUGCGCACGCUAUUGAGUCACACAAAGAAGGAGAACUAACUGUCGAAGGACUCAUAGUGGUAGGUGAAGAUGGAGACACACCCAUACUACAGUUACAAGAGGACGGUAAUAUUCUCCAGGAGGGAGGAGUGUGUAUGACUGAAGUGGGGGAGGGUGAGUAUAUUCUUCAAGUAAACGAGACAGCAGUUCAAAAUAAAAACUCGAAGUUUGUUGAACUUCAAGAUGCUAUAAAAGUAGAGGAGACGGAUGAUGAAGAUGAUGGAACAGAUGGUGCCGAAAUAGUAAAAUUUUAUUUAAAAUCCGAUUCAGUUGAAGACGAAACAGGAGAAUAGAAAUUUACUCGUAGAUGUUGUGUACAUAUUUUUAACUUAUCGGAUAUUAUUUAUUCUUUUUUGGAAUUUAUGUUAUUAAACUA